AUGGGUACACCGCUGAGGCCCAGCCCGGGGCUGGAAGGCCUAAAGCCUGCGUCUCCAGAGCCCCUCCUCAAUUUUGCUCCCAGGCGAGCCCUUGUGGAGUUCCAAUCGAACCCGGAACAAAGGAGGGAGCCUGGCACUGGUGGGGGGUCCCUCCGACAUCAGCUGCAGCAGGGCCCAGGAUCCCCAGAGCCUUACCCCAGUCAGCAAGCGCAGACCGGACCAGGACCGGAGCCCUCAACACUGCAGGAGCGGACACCUCAUGAGCCCAGCAAGCCACCGCCUGCGGGUGUGGAGAGUGAUGGCUUUUGGCCAAAAACGCGAAAAGGAUCUUCGUUCAGCCCUGGCCCAGCGCCCCAGAAGUUGGAGAAGGUGAAGCUCCUAUAACCCCGAAGGGAAAGCCCCAAGCAGCGGGUGUGGAAGGCCCGCCCCAAGAAGAGGUUCUCCCAGAUGGUCCAGGACAAGCGCCUGCGCACAUCCUGGCGGCGGAAGACGAGGGAACGGGCCGGCAGAGAGGAAGCUGGCCGAGGCCUGUGCCGGCACCUGAGGAGGAGAGGCGCGGGCGGGAGGAGCAGUGCAGAGCCGGGAACCUGA